UUCUUUGCUGCUGUACUCCGUAAGAGCCAUCAAACUAGAUGCUAUCAUUGAGUCUUCAUUUCUGCAAGUAAAUAUGGCUACCAUACCAUACGACCUUUUUGUUUUACUUCUUCUGAUUCAACCUGAAGUCAGUCUCUCUGUUCAUCACCAAUGGAUUUCUAAGGACCGACCUUGUAAAAUAAAAGCAAAAAAUAAUAGCUCCUCAAUUCUUCUGGAUUGCAGUAAACAAAAGCUGACAGCAGUCCCCCAGGAAAUACAUGAAAAUGUUACUGACUUGAUACUGUCUUUUAAUUGGAUUAAAGAGAUAUCUACAAAGGAUUUUUACAACUUUAAGGACCUUAGAUCUUUAAAAUUAAACUGGAAUUGGUAUGUUAAGCCAAAAGAAUCUUAUUUUGAUUUUUCUCUAAAGCCUUUAGGGAUAGCCAAUGGAACUUUCUCAAACUUAAGAUACUUAAAGGAAUUGAAGCUUAAUGGCAAUCAGCUAAACAAAGUACCCACAGGGAUUUCACCUAGUAUAACCUCUCUAAGUCUCAAGUCCAACAAAAUUGUUUCUAUUCAGAAGAACACCUUCUCAGAACUGCCCAAUUUGCAGGAACUCUAUAUGGAUGAGAACUGUUACUAUGGAAAUGCCUGCGAAGCAUCUUUCAACAUAGAAGCAGGGGCUUUUUCUGUCCUUACCAACUUGAUUGUGCUGUCACUCUCCUAUAACAGUCUGACUAGAGUGCCAGCUGAACUACCCUUGUCUCUGCAAGAGCUUUAUCUGAGUCAUAACAAAAUAAGAACCAUCAGUCAAGAUGAUUUUAAGAAGCUAGUUAAUUUAAAAAUUCUGGAUUUAAGUGAAAACUGCCCAAAACACUUCAAUACACUUUUUCCAUGUGAACCCUAUUCUGGAAACGCAGCCAUUCAAAUAAAUCCCCUAGCUUUCCAAAAUCUUAACAAACUAAAAACUUUGCUUCUGACCGGCAAUUCACUCAUGAAUGUGCCAUCUACCUGGUUUCAGAAUACGCCACAGUUGGAAGUGUUGCACCUUGCAUCUAACUUUCUAAGGAAAGCAAUAGCUACAGGAGAAUUCUUACAACAUUUAUCUUCUUUAGAGGAACUUGACUUAUCUUUCAAUUAUCAGAAACAAGUAUACUCACAAUAUCUUAACCUCUCUCAAUACUUUUCUUUCCUAGUAUCUUUGAAACGAUUGUACAUUAAAGGAUAUGUCUUCAAAGAAGUAGACAGACAGCAUUUGAAACCUCUAUUUCCUCUUAAAAAGCUAAAAAUCCUUGAUCUUGGGAUAAAUUUUAUUAAAAGAGUUGAUAUAUCUGUCUUCCAGGAAUUUAGCAACCUUACCCAAAUAUAUUUGAAACAAAACCAAAUAGUCCCACAAACAACAGAAAAGACUAUUUCUUUUAAAUCUUUGGAGAAAAAAGAUCUUUUAACCAAUUCCCAUUAUACUUUUAUACACAAGGAUAAUUCAAGCCUGUUAGAAUAUUCUUAUAAUAAUAAAAAGCACUCAAAUUACUUCCUUAAUCAGCAUUGUAUCUCAUAUGGUAAAGCUUUGGAUUUGAGUCUAAACAAUAUUUUCUUCAUUACCCCAGAUCAGUUUAAAGCUUUUGAGGACAUAGCUUGUUUGAAUUUAUCUUCAAAUGCGCUUGGUCAGGCUUUCAAAGGCACUGAAUUAAUUAUCUUACCCAAUCUUAAAUAUUUAGAUCUCUCAUUUAAUAAAUUGGAUUUGACCAGUUUUUCUGUAUUUAAGGAACUCCCUAAUCUAGAGGUAUUAGACCUUAGCUAUAACAAGCGUUAUUUUGUAGUGCCAGAUUUUGAGCAUCAGUUAAUGUUUAUUGAUAACUUUCCUAAUUUAAAAAUUUUAAAUUUAAGUUGGAAUGAGAUUUCCUCACUGACAACAUCUAAACUAAGAAGUAUUUCCCUUAAAAAAUUAGACUUCAAAGGAAACAAUCUUGGUUUCUUAUGGAAAAAUGGAGACACAAGUCACAUCCAAUUGUUUAAGCACCUCAGAAAUCUGACACAUCUUGAUAUUUCCCACAAUGGACUUCGAAAUAUUCCCAUUAAGGCAUUUGAAAAUCUGCCAUGGAGCUUAACUGAAUUAUAUAUAAACAACAAUAAAAUACAUACCCUCAGCUGGGAAAAACUUAGGUACUUUAAAUCUUUGAAGUUGCUUGACUUAACUCAGAAUAAAUUUAAGGCUGUUGAUAUCCUGUACAAUUACACACAGUCCCUGCAGACUCUGAAGUUGAGGGAGAACAAGAUUUCUAAGAUUUCAUUUGUUUUUUCUAAGAGGGUCAGCAGUCUUCUCUAUCUUGAUUUGAGUUACAACCAACUGCAAGUCUUAAAUCAGUCAAGUUUCUUAUCUAGAAUUAUACAACACUUAAAGGUUUUUAAAUUAAAAGGGAACCCCUUUGACUGUACCUGCAAAAACAGCAACUUCAUAAGGUGGAUCCAGAAAACCAAAGUUCCCAUCUCACAAGUGGCAAGAAAUGUCAUUUGCAUGAACCCAGACAAUGAAAGACGUCGUAGCGUUAUCUUGAUUGAUCCUUAUGCUUGCAAUCUGGAUGAUGUUUCGGCUAUACUAUUUUAUAUUUCAUCCUUUAUUACUUUAAGCACUAUGGUGAUAGCAGUUACGAAACACUUUUUUUAUUGGGAUAUCUGGCAUAAGUAUUACUCAUGUAUGGCAAAACUAAAGGGUUAUAGGUCUACAGCAAAAGGAAAAGCUCUCUAUGAUGCUUACAUUGACUAUGAUACUAAGGACACGGCAGUAACUGAUUGGGUAAUAAAUGAAUUACGAGUUCGCCUAGAGGAAAGUGAAGACAAACAAGUUCUGCUUUGUUUAGAGGAAAGAGACUGGGAGCCAGGAAAGGCCGUUAUUGACAACCUUGCACAGAGCAUCCAAUGCAGCAGGAAGACAAUCUUUGUCCUGACAGAAAGAUAUGUGAAAAAUGGAAACUUCAGAACAGCUUUUUACAUCGCCCUGCAGAGACUAAUGGAUGAGAACCUGGAUGUGAUUGUGUUUAUUCUACUGGAGCCAGUGUUACAGCACUCCCAGUACUUGCGGCUGAGGAGGAGGAUUUACAAGAGUUCAAUUCUUGACUGGCCAAAGAAUCCACGAGCUGAAGGACUUUUCUGGCAAAGUCUGAAAAAUGCGCUGCUCACAGAUAACACUGGGCAUCACAAAGGGGUGUUCAGUAUUUAGAAAGCAAGGUGAAUGUGAUAGCUUCAGUGUUUAAAAAGUAAAUUUUGAUUUUUUGUUCCUCAGUAUUUUGGUGCCAAACAGUGGCUAUUUGGAAAAGUCCUAACUUCCAGUGUGACGGCUCAGCGUUUUCUGAAAAAAAGGCUGCUGUAAAGUAUUUCCAGUGACUGUGCACAAUUACUGUUUACAUUUGAAAAGUUUUGUCAGUUUUCUUGAAGUUGUAUGGGGUAUGUGUUUGGUAAGGGACAGCAGUUAAAUAUGUGUGUUACAGUUCUGUGUUGCGUUAAAAAGGCUUAUUGGGAAUAGCUAACUUAAACCUUGGAGAUAGAAUCAGUAAUAUCCACAACUUUCUUUCUAUUUGUGUACUAUGUAUUUCGGUGAUGGAAGAAAUGUUUUGGGUAAGGCAGUAAUUUUCAGAGAUUCAUAUUCCAUUUAACUACCUAAGUGAAGGCUGUGCAACUUCUGAACUAUGUGGGCACCGCAGAGUGCACAGGUACCUCUAGCCCCAGGCUCUUGCAGCUCAAUGAGAUGUGUCAUGUUGCCCUACCCCACACUGACCCUUGGGGUGGGGGCAGGAAAUGGAAGCCAGCGAAGGGAGGGGGAACUUGGAGUGAUGGGAUGAGCAGCAGCCAGGUGGGAGCCCAGGCAGGAGCUGAAAAUUAAGCCCUCAUGGGCCACACUUAGCCCAUGGGCAACCACUUGGACAGCUCUGACCUAAACGAUACUCCUAAAUACAUGCCUUGACUAUGUAUUCAUCCAACAUAUUAUAUCUUAUUUAAUUAUGAAUCUUAUGUUUUGAAAAUAUUUGCCAUAAAAAAGUAAAGGGCACACCACCCAGUUGCAUGUGACAUGUCCAAAUAUUUGUACUUCAUGGUAAAAAUUUCUCAUAAUCCAUUAACAAUGAAGCAAGUAGUAAGCUUUUGUAGCUUGAUUGCUUCUUGGUGCUUUUUUGUUAUUUGUUUUUAAUUUUAUCUUAUUAAUUUAUACAACAUCAUUUUAUGUAAUGUAUGAUAGCAUUAAUUCUUAUCUUGUACAUAUUCCCAUUUUAAAGAAUAGAGAAACUGAUUCUGACUGACUGCAGAUAUAUGUUUACCUGAAAAAGGGUAGCCAAUUUUCCUCCUCCUAUAUUGUUUACAGUAUUUUUUAGAAAGUAU